AUGUCUAGCAACGUGAUGGAGCCGAGCGGUAGCGGGCAGCAGGUGGCGUCGGCGAGGCGCUAUCGUCCGGCCGAGGAGUGUGGCAUAUGGGUGCCACACCCGGAAGGGGAGGCCGACUGGGAGGUCCCCUCGCUCGUGUUCGCCUCGGAGGAGGAGGAGUCCGAAUGGCACUCUGCAAUCGACAGGUGCAGGUAUGCGGCAUAUCGGGCACAGGAGGCUGAGCGUGCGCAGGCAUUAGCGGCCGAGCGCACGCGCUUCUGGAUUGAACAGUACUGCCUAGCGUAUCUCUCUAGAGAGGCUAAAGCCGACCGUGCGGUCAGCACUGAAUUUUAG